UUAUCUUUCAAGCAAAAUGCAAAACGCAGAUCCUUACCUUCAAAACGACAAUGCCACGAAGCCUCAUCAGGAAUCUAAUGGCACCUCUUCUUCGCCGUCAUCUUCCGUCUUCGUCUCCGUCCAGUUUCUUCUCUUCCGGCUCGGAGGUGACUCAGUUGAGCCGGGUACCGAAUUUGCUUGAGGGGUGUGACUAUGAGCACUGGCUCGUCGUCAUGGAGGCUCCUAAGGGAUACCCACUUCGAGAUGAGAUUGCUAAUAGCUAUGUUAAGACCCUCGCCAUGGCUUUCGGCAGUGAAGAGGAAGCAAAAAAAUCUAUAUAUUCAGUUUCCACUAAAUACUACUAUGCAGUUGGUUGCAAAGUUCCUGAAAAGUUCGCUUACAAGAUAAAAUCCUUACCAAAUGUAAAAUGGGUUCUACCAGAUUCUUAUUUAUUCCAUGGUGAAAAUAGUUAUGGAGGAGAACCGUUUGUUAACGGUGAGGUUGUUCCAUAUGAUGUCAAGUAUCAUAUGGACUGGAUCCAGGACAAGCAUGAUGAUAAAUUUCAGAGCUCACCCAACUCAAGGAAACCCAGGAGAAAACGUAGAAAAAACCAAAUCUAACUACAGGCAUGCAGCCGGCUUUGAACUUUUCCAUCUUAUUCACAUUAAAGAAGCAAUGCCAUCCAAACUACAAAUUGUAAUUCACCAAGGCUAUCGUUUGGAUGCAUCUGAAUGGCUGUAGUUUUCUUUUCCAAACUAGUGCUCAAUUGGAUUCAGGCUUACUGAAACAGUCAAAUGAUGGGGAAUCUUAUGUAGUUUUGUCAAAAACUUAUGGAGCAACUUGUAUUACAACUAUUUGGUCAGAGCUGUCCAAGCUCAAAUCGCAUUUCGGAUCAGAUCUGAGUUUGAGCCAACUUGAUAUGUUGAAGAAUCCGCAUUUUAUAGAGGGAGUUUUUUCUACACAGAAUUGGCUGCAUAGUAGAUGUUCCCCUAGGGGUAAAAUGGUUGUAAUAUUAGCUGAUGGAACACAGAUUUUGAGAAUCAGGAAUAGUAAGAAAAUUUUGACAAAUGUUAAAAGGGGGAGCAUUCUCAUUGAACCUCCUGAUUCAGCAUUUGUAUAUAUCAUGCUGACAUUUUCAGUAGGUAAGCAAAAUGUAGCAAAUUGCCAAUUUUCUUUGUUUCAAUUUCUUAAACGUGUGUAAUUUUGUUCA